GCCGGCCCCCUUCUUCCCUACUAAAGCAGUCAUUUUGUGGCGCUGCUACUCGACAUGCAUCAGACCGGACCUUCGUAAAGGCGUUCGGAGGUAAUAUCGCUGGGGAAGGGAAGUAUUCCUUCUGGGGGACCCACUGACCUCCAUCUAGCGGAGCUGUAAUGAGGUCACUGGAGGAAAAGAUUCCUAUGGGCUUGAGGAGUGCAGCGCAGUGCAUAUUACACAACAGGCUAACCCGAUCGCCCGCUGAAUAGUAGUAUGCAGUGAUGCACUAUGCAGAAACAGACCUUCCCCACUGACUAGCCGCCCAAGGACCAAUAGGUCUAAAUAGGAGCUAAAACGGACAUGGAUCUUCGCCGCAUUGUAUGGAUAUAUCCACCCUCCAUAUCAGACCGUCAGUUUUAAAAAAACAGCCGUCUGGAAAAGGAAUCUGAGAAUGCUCCAGGAAGUGGAGGAGCUGGUAUGGCCGGGAUGGGGAGGUCUGGGAAUGAGCGUCCGUGGUAUGCUGCAGCGCGAUCUGCAUCGUGAGGUUGAAAAUGACGAUGUUCCUCUGGAGCAAUUGACUGAUGAUAUCACAAAACUCGCCCCUAGUAUCUCAAGCGGUGGAACAGUAGAAACUUCUCUCUCGUGGGAGAAUCAACACGUUUCCACCGCAAUACCGGGUGACUUUGAGCUCAAGAAAGUUGAGAAGGACCCGGGAGAUGGAAAGAGUACCGUACCGAGGAACCCAGAGUAUCAGGGACUCUCGGGGGCGGCUGGAGGAUGUGUCGCAUUCCUGAAUCGGCGAUUUCCACAUUCACGCGCGAGCUGCACCUCAACGUCAUCAUGGACGGUGACCUGGCAAGUACGGGAUCGUCGAAGUGUCAAGGUACGAGUAGUCCUCUCGGCCACCCGGCGUCAUCUAUGA